GUGAAACUAAUUCAUGAAAUUGCUUCAUGCCAUGGAAUUUUAAUUACGUCUUACUCAUACAUUCGACUGAUGCAGGAUAACAUCCACAGCUAUGACUGGCACUAUGUGAUUCUGGAUGAGGGUCACAAAAUCCGAAAUCCAAAUGCUGCAGUCACACUUGCAUGCAAGCAGUUCCGCACACCACAUCGAAUCAUCUUGUCUGGCUCCCCUAUGCAAAAUAACCUAAAGGAGCUCUGGUCCCUCUUUGACUUUGUAUACCCAGGGAAACUGGGAACACUUCCUGUGUUCAUGGAGCAGUUUUCUGUUCCAAUAACAAUGGGAGGAUAUUCCAAUGCCUCUGCUGUCCAGGUAAAAACUGCAUACAAAUGUGCCUGCGUGUUACGGGACACCAUAAACCCUUACUUGCUGCGAAGAAUGAAGGCUGAUGUAAAAAUGAGCCUUUCACUUCCAGAUAAAAAUGAGCAGGUCCUGUUUUGCCGUUUGACAGAUGAGCAGCGUCAAGUCUAUCAAAAGUUCAUCAACUCUAAAGAAGUUUACCAGAUUCUCAAUGGAGACAUGCAGAUUUUCUCAGGACUAGUAGCUUUGAGGAAGAUUUGCAACCACCCUGACCUCUUCUCUGGUGGUCCCAAAAUUUUGAAGGGUGUACCAGAUGCUGAAGUGGAGGAAGCAGAUCAAUUUGGAUACUGGAAACGUUCAGGGAAAAUGAUAGUGGUAGAAUCCUUGCUGAAAAUAUGGCACAAGCAAGGUCACAGAGUGUUGUUUUUCACUCAGUCAAGACAGAUGCUGCAGAUACUUGAAGUCUUUGUGAGAGAGAGAAACUAUUCCUACCUCAGAAUGGAUGGCACCACCACAAUAGCUUCCAGACAGCCCCUUAUAACAAGAUAUAAUGAGGACAAAUCCAUCUUUAUUUUUCUCCUAACAACUCGUGUUGGUGGCAUUGGAGUUAACUUGACUGGUGCUGAUCGGGUUAUUAUUUAUGAUCCUGACUGGAAUCCCAGUACAGACACACAGGCUCGGGAACGUGCUUGGAGAAUAGGCCAAAAGAAACACGUGACUGUGUACAGGCUUCUCACUGCAGGUACUAUUGAAGAGAAGAUAUACCACAGACAAAUCUUCAAACAGUUUUUAACAAACCGAGUGCUGAAGGACCCUAAGCAGAGGCGCUUUUUCAAAUCCAAUGACCUUUAUGAACUUUUUACUCUGAGCAGCCCAGAUGUGUCUCAGGGGACAGAAACAAGCGCAAUUUUUGCAGGUACUGGAUCAGAUGUUCAAGUCCCAAAACACCACUUGAAACGGAAGCUUGAAAAGCCACCUGAUAACGAUGCUUCUAAAGGUGAUCUUCAUCUUACAGAAGGCAGUUCACCAAAGUGCACCAAGUUAUCCAAUUCCUACUCAACCACCCACGUGACGAGUUCUUCUUCUAAAGCAAUAGAGACAAGUGAGGAAACCAAAGGAAAUUUGGAAGCCUUUGAGCAAAAUAGCUAUGCAAAAGAUAAUGCACAAGCUGCUACUAAUAUAAAUUCACUGAAUAAAAGCAAGGAGGAAGGCUUGGAAAGAGCUGACAAAUCUACACCUCACUUACUGCCAGGUGAUGCAGGGUCUUCAGAGAAUACCAACUGUCUGGACCCCAUGGUGGCUGGUGAAAUACCUGGAGCAGCUAAUGUAAAUGGCAAGGGAGAUUUUAGCCUUAUGUGUGAUGCAGCUGGCUCUUGGAAAAAACAGGUUGCUAAAACUGAAGAUGGGCAAUUAGGUAAUAAUCAUUUUAAGUGUACCUCAAAAACAAAGCACAGGGUAGAUAUGCUGUCACAUGACAGCCACAAAGGUAAGUCUAAGAAGAAAAGGCACAAAGAUGCCAAAUUUGAAGGAGAGCGAAUUCCUCAUCUAGUGAAACAAAAGCAAUACAGAAGGGAGAACAAUGAAGAGAAGGAGGAAGACUCAAAGAAAAAUGAUGAUUACGUCUUGGAGAAACUUUUCAAAAAAUCAGGGGUACACAGUGUUAUGAAGCAUGAUGCCAUUAUGGAAGCUUCCAGUGCAGAUCAUGUGCUGGUGGAAGCAGAAGCAAGCAGAGUAGCGCAGGAUGCUUUAAGAGCCUUAAAAGUCUCUCGACAGCGAUGUUUAGGAGCUGCUUCUGGUGUGCCGACAUGGACAGGCAUGAGUGGUCUUUCAGGUGCACCGGCAGGAAUAAAGAGUCGGUUUGGUCAAAAAAGAAACUCCAUGCUGCUUUCUUCACAUUCCACUUGUGCACCGCCUGCGAAGAAGUGCAAGGAUGCAGACACAAUAAAGAAAGAAAAUGUAAAGAAAUGUAGUUCCAAUGGGUACUUUGAUGGAAAAUCUGGAGAAUCGUCGUCCAGCGCACUAGACUCUUCAUCUUUAUUAGCAAAGAUGAGGGCAAGAAACCACCUUAUUUUACCACAAGAGACGAGGAGUGAGGGAGAUGAGAAUUAUCAGCAAGCAUCUGCCCCAGCCACAUGUUCAACAGAAUACGAUGGACUGCUCGUGGACGUGCGUAACUUCAUAGCGUUCCAGGCCCGCGUGGACGGCGAGGCUAGCACUCAGGAAAUACUGCGCCAGUUUGAGUCCAAACUGCCUGCGGCACAGUCCUGCGUCUUCAGAGAACUUCUCCGCAAUCUCUGCACCUUCCAUAGGAACCCAAACGGUGAAGGAGUCUGGAGACUAAAGCCAGAAUUCCGAUGA